CUAGGUUGCAUAAGAAAAUGGCUUCCUUCUUCGACUUUGCAAGAGGGCUGGAAGAACUCCAAUUCAUCUUCAUUCUCUCAAAGAUAAUGAUAGUAACGGGGGUGAUUGUUGCAGUCAGUCUUAUCUUUCUUAAAGCCGAAUAUGGAAGGUACUUUUCAUCGAAUUCAACACGGAAGUACGGCUUUGCAGUAGAUGCAAGAGUUGCAUGGUUUGUGCAAGAACUACCAGCCUUCGUCGUUCCAUGUCUGCUGCUGUUGUAUGCACGCAAAGACGUCUUUGGAUUGACUCCCAAUAUGACACUGCUAUCUUUGUUUUUAUUGCAUUACACUCAAAGGUCACUCAUUUAUCCAUGGCUUAUCAAAGGAGGGAAACCGACUCCUGUUUUUCUGUCAUUUCUGGCAUUUAUGUUUUGUGUAUUAAAUGGAUACAUGCAGGCAAGAUAUUUAACAAAAUAUGCUCGAUAUGAAAUGUCUUACGUAUCAAGUCCCCGCUUUGUUUGUGGUGUAGCGAUAUUUUUCAUGGGGAUGGCCAUCAACAUCCAUUCAGAUCACGUUCUGCGCAACUUAAGGAGACCUGGUGAAACAGGGUACAACAUUCCAAGAGGUGGUAUGUUCACCUAUGUGUCAGGAGCCAAUUUUUUUGGUGAGAUAGUUGAAUGGGCUGGCUUUGCUAUAGCCUGUUGGUCACUUCCAAGCUUAGCCUUCUUCUUGUUUACUGCUUUUAACAUCGGCCCAAGAGCAGUUCAACAUCACAGCUGGUAUCUUACAAAGUUUGAAGAUUAUCCAAAGUCACGUAAAGCUCUGAUUCCUUUUGUUUUAUGAAGCAAUAAAGAAAAUCAGGGAAGGGAUACAAUAAAUGAACAUUAAUUUUCAAAUUUAGAAUUGCUCCCUGAUGUAUCUUUUGUCUUACUGUGGAUUGAGAACCAACUUUUUUACAUCUAUGGUACUUAAUUAUGAUUUUUGUCAAUUUUUUUUUUUUCAAUACUUAAGAUGCUUUGUGUCAGUAAAAAUAUUCCCACACCGUUGGUUAAGUCUCCCAUUCACUGUUCAGUAUUUUAUUGAACAACUCUUCCCCUAAUAAAUUAUUAUUCAUCAAA